UCUUUUAUUCGAGAAAUAUUUUACUCAACAACAGCAAUUUGCUUAGUGGUUUGUCUUUAUUAUUGGAACCUUAAAUUUUUCCUCUUUUACCAUCUCUACACCUUUAAUUGUUUAUAACUAUUGACACUAUUAUUUUGGAUCUAUUGUAACAUUUCCUUCAAAAGUGUAAUAAAUUAACUUAAAUGUCUUUGUUUGGCAACGCCUCAACAAACCUUCAACCAUCUUCAUCAUCAUCAUGGAACCUAACCGUAAUUUAGCUUCAAAAGAUGGCCGAGAAAAAACAGUUGAAACUGAAAUUUACUUUUUGAUAUGCAAAUUUUUGUCUCUUGGUCCAUGUUCACGGGCUGCUCAAGCAAUUAAAGAGGAAAUAGAGGAACAUCAUCUACUACCAUUAUCUUACAAUUGGACGGGUGAACAGAGAAGGUUAACUCUAAGCCAAUAUGAAAAGAACUUUCCUCACAUUAGAAAUGAUCAUCUUAUACAAAUUUGUUCUCGUAUUGGUCCUAUUCUUGAUUCAACAAUUCCACCAUCAGUACCUGGUAUUAAUUCACUCUUAGGAGCUGGUACACAAUCUCUACUUCGCACAUCAUCAGUCAUCAAAUCUUCUAAUUUAAGUCAUCUAUUGUACAGAAGACAUCAUGGAGCACCACUUCUACCCUCAUCAAAUAAGACUGCAAGCAAUCCUGGCAAUAUUGUUAACAUUUUGUCCGCCCGGGAAAGCUCAGGAUCUUUUGCUGUUAACCAAACGUUAUCAACUUCUAUGUACAGUAAAAAACAAAUGCACAAAAGGUACCUUGGCCAUUUAUCAUCAGUAUACUGUGUUGCAUUCGAUCGAACGGGAAAAUAUAUUUUCACGGGUGCUGAUGAUUAUCUGAUAAAGAUUUGGAGCGCAAUCAACGGAAGAUUAUUAGCGACUCUUCGAGGUCAUUCGCAAGAAAUUACUGAUCUAGCAGUCAACUACGAGAAUACCCUGUUAGCAUCUGGAAGCUGUGAUAAAAUAAUCAGAGUGUGGUCUCUUAGAACUACUGAACCCAUAACUAUUUUAGUUGGGCACACUGCUACCAUAACAUCCCUCAAGUUUUGUCCUUACUCAGAGACUGAAAAUCGUUUUCUCAUUUCUACCUCUAAUGAUGGAUGUGUUAAUAUUUGGCGCUGGAAUGCUAAUACUAUUGUUUUUGACGCCAAGCCUAUUAAAUUUAUUGAAAAAAGACACAAAGCGAAUGCCCAGAUUUUAUGUUCAUCUUUUAGUCCAGGAGGAUCAUUUUUAGCUGUAGGAAGUACAGAUCAAUUUGUCCGAGUUUAUCAUCUUUCUCCGCCAAGUGGUCCAACAAAAAUAUUGGAGAUGAAUGUCAACACUGACCAAGUUGAUAGUAUUCAGUUUAGUAACUAUGGUUUAAAGUUUAUCAGUGGCAGUAAAGAUGGAACUGCUCAUAUUUGGUGGUUUGAGAGACAAACUUGGCAUCGGCGUUUGCUCAACAUGAAUGAAGUUCUUCCACCAGCUCAAUCUAACAGUGAAACCGAAGGAAAACCAAAUAAAAUUAGAGUAAACAUGGUCUGUUGGACGUGUGAUGAUGCUUAUGUGAUAACAGCAGUGAAUGAUCGUUCUAUCAAAGUAUGGGAAGCAAACACAGGUAAACUGAAGCAUGUGUUAUCAGAACACGAAGAUGAAGUUUUUGUGCUCGAAGCUAAUCCAGUUGACGGCAGAAUAUUUCUCAGCGGUGGUCAUGAUGGUAAGAUAAUCAUAUGGGAUGUUAAUUUGGGUACAUCUAUGGCAGUCUUUUGUAAUCGUAUUGAAGUCCCAGGUGCGAUUGAUGCGAGAGGUGCAAUUUUUGAUUGCAAAUUUUCUCCCGAUGGUCAAAUGAUUGCUUCAACAGAUUCCCAUGGACACCUUGCAAUUUACGGUUAUGGUUCUCGUGAUCGAUAUGAAAGAGUGCCUUGCGAUGUUUUCUUUCAUACUGAUUAUCGUCCUCUGAUACGAGAUGCUAAUCACUAUGUGAUAGAUGAACAAACUCAAUGCGCUCCUCAUUUAAUGCCUCCACCAUUUCUUGUCGAUGUUGAUGGUAACCCAUAUCCACCUCAUCUUCAACGCUUAGUACCAGGUCGUGAAAAUUGUAAAGAAGAUCAACUGGUCCCAUAUAUUGCUGUACACAAUGAGCGUGGAGUUGCUGAAGUUUUACAGCCUGUUGUAGGUCCUGGCCAAGAAUUAUUACCACAAGCCGUUAACAGACAUCCACCUCCUCAAAUACAGCCUCAACUCCAACCACAACUUCAACCACAGUUGCAGCCCCGACCUCAGCUUCUACCUCAGCCACAGCCUCUGCCUCUACAGCCUAAUCCUGCGCCACAAUUACCAUUCAAUCGAGGAUUAGUGCAACAUGUUCGAGAACGACUUGCAUCUCCUCAGCCACAACCGUCAGCUUUAGUUCCUCCUCAGCCACAACCGUCAGCUUUAGUUCCACCUCAGCCACAACCGUCAGCUUUAGUUCCACCUCAGUCUCCACAGUCUCAACAGCGACCCACUAUUGAUGAUAUGAUUGAAAGGUUAGCGCAACAACAAGCUCGAGAAAGAGUAAAUGUUGAACAUGGUUAUGCCGCAUCAUCAUCGGUUAAUGGUGAAGAGCAAGGACCUCAAAGGAUGCGAAGUCUUUCUCAGUCUUUACAUCAAGGACCUUCUUUACUUAGAAAUGGCCCCAGAGCUGGUCAAGAAGCACAGGGUGUUCGUCAACCUGGAGCAAGCUGGCAAUCAAGAGAUAAAAUGUCAACAACACCUUUAGGAGGCAGAAUAGUCGUCGAAAAUUUAAGGCAUGGGCUUCUUAAUCGGAUGAUCUACUCUUUCCAAUUAGCCAGUCGAGCCGAAGAAAAACUUUAUCAAUCUGAAUGUGAACGUAAAAGAAUACCAGAAACUCCAGUUGCAGUGCAAGUUAAAGAAACCGUUAAAUUGAAGCAAAAGAAGAAAGUUGUUCGUCGUAAUCAAGAUGCUGAUAGCCGGCUAAUUUUAGGUAACAAUGAACCUAGUGCCUUGUCUCGAAACAGAGAAGGUUCUUCUGUUUCCAAUGAUCUCGAAAAUGUUGAAGAUUUAGUCUCAAUGGACGAAAGUGACUCUAGUUUUACUGAGAGUGACUACAGUGGUGGAAGUUCAACCGGUGAAAGUGAUAGUGACGGUGAAGAAGAAGAAGAAGAGGAGGACGAAGAUGAAUCCGGUGACGACGGAGAACGCAGUAGGGAAAUUGUGACUCGUUCAGCAAGAACUCGUUCACGUCGUAAAAAAUAUCCUGAAUCAUGGAAAGAUGCAUGUCUAAAAUUGAUAAAUGAGUUAUGGGAAAAUGAAGAUUCUGAACCAUUCCGUUUUCCUGUAGAUUUUGAACAGUAUCCAGAUUAUUGUCGUUAUGUAGAUACACCUAUGGACCUAUCAACCAUCAAAGAAGAAUUGGAAAACUAUACGUCAAUGCAAGAUUUUAUUAAAGACAUGGAAACCAUGUUUGAAAACUCAAAAAAAUACAACACUGAUAAGAAAUCGCAAAUUUACAUAAUGACUCAUCGACUUCGCAGAAAAUUUAAAGAAAGAAUAGAUGCGAUUAGUAGCAGAUCUUUGCAUCGUAAUAUCCGUUCAUCUAGAAAGCGCGAUUCAAGAUAUACCCUUAGAAAUAAGAGACAAAGGAGAGAGAAUCUCAAAUACGAAGAUUAUGUGACAACGAUGCAUACACGCAAGAAAAAGUCUAAAUUGAAAAGGAAAAAUGGCGAGCGUUCCAAAGAACCACUACAUGUUGCCACAACAACUGCAUCAUCAUGUUCUUCAGGAUCAGCUUCUUUCUCACCAUCAACAUCAUUUGAUCCCUCUCAACCAUCUACAUCAGGACUCUCCUCUAGAGUUACUAGUCAAACUGAAGAAAAGAAAAGAAAACGAACCAGACGAAGAGUUAUUCGAAAUGAUAGCAAUGAUGACGAGGAUGGUGUGGUGAACGAGAAAAGUGUUCCUAGUAGCUCUACAUCUGGUGUAAAUGGUUUAGCUAAUGGGGUCAAAAAUACCGAGUAUUUUAAAUCUCUUGUUCAAUCUGAAGAAGAGACCGAUGUUGAAGAUACUCGUACAAAUGGUUUAAAUCAUCAUUCCAAUAGUGAAACUGAAAUUGAGAGCAAUAAAAAUGAUACUGAUGCUACUGAAAUUGCCGGUGACGAUGAAACUCAAGAUGCUAUCAGUAACGGUCCCUGUGAAACUAAACCAGCAUUACCAAGGAAAAGACGUAAAGUGAGAAAAGGUAACGUUGGUUUUAGGAAACGUGCAAAAACUGUUAACGGGUCUGUGAAUGGAGGAAAUAAGGUACGAUUAAAGCUACCCAAGCCAAACGUCCCUAUAAAAGAAGAACCUUUAGAGCCUAAUGAUGCAUCUGAUGUACAAGCUAAAUCUGGACCAGAUAAUGCUACCGAAGAAGAUAUUUGUGCAUUAUGUGUUCGAAACACUCCACUCGGUGACUCUAGUACCUCUCCAAUUGAUUGGAUAGCAUGUGAUUUUUGUCCCAAAUGGUUCCAUCAAACAUGUGUUGUUAUGCCGCCAGGUUUUAAUAAGAAACGUGACAAGUUUAAAUGCGACAGUUGUAAAAAGAAGACUCAUUAAUUUUUCCAAAGCCUCAGAAAUUGCUUAAUGCCCAGCCAAAUUGAUUUAGCUAAGAGCGAAACAAAAUUCUAAAUUCUAUUACAAUCUUUUAGUUUCGCAUUAUUUCUGUUCAAAAUACCUACAAAAAUUUCAUUAUAUAUAUACAUAACUUUUUUCUCUUCCUUAA